AUGGAGAAAGUCAAAACUGGUGUAGGAAAAAGAAGACAAAAGCUCAGUAACUCGGAGGAUGAUGCUAUUAUACCGUCUACUACGCUUGAAACCGUAGUGCAAGAAGAUGGAGAAUCAGAAACAUGGAACAGCGAUUCUAAUGAAGACAAUGCUGCCAAGACGGAGAAUAGUGCACAAGAGAGCGUAUCAGCAAAUGAAGAAGAUAUGGAAGAGCUUCGAAGGUUGGCAAGACAGCAGUACCUAACCGCAAGGGAAAAGGACAAGCUGCAGAUCUUGGCCAAAGAACUUGAAUUCCUAGAACAAGAUGUAAAUACAUAUGGCUGGGAUAAUCUAACGAAGAGUGAACAACAGGAGAUUACCAUCAAGAGAAACUUGCUUGCCUUAAUUAAAGAGAAAGAGGAUGAGAAACUGCAAGGCUUCAGAUUACAGGAAGACUACACUGACGAAAAUGGGAAGAUAGACUUGAAUAAGAAACGCGAGCUAUUGAAUCGGAAAUCUCCAAAAAGAGAAAGGACUAGCAAAGACAAACGUUGGGAAGAGCAGCAGUUGAAACAAGCGGUUCAAAAGCCGGAUGUUGAUGAAAUACAAGUUGAAGGUUCCCAAGAUUACGAUUUUGUCUUCGACGAAGACGCAUUAAUAGAGUUUACAGAAGUGACCGAUGAUGUUUUACCGGAGGAAAAGGGAGAUUAUGACACAAAAUUGCUUGAGCAAUUGGACAAAGAGCAGUCAAGAUUGCAAUCAAUUCAAUCUACUCGGAAAUCCCUGCCUGUUUAUAGGUACCGACAGCAGUUGUUAGAUGCCAUCAAAGAAAAUCAGAUUUUGAUUGUCGUGGGUGAAACUGGUUCAGGUAAAACGACUCAACUCCCUCAAUACCUCGUUGAGGAAGGGUACACUAAGAAUGGAACUUUGCAAAUUGCUUGUACACAGCCUAGACGUGUGGCCGCUAUGUCUGUUGCUGCAAGAGUGGCUGAUGAAAUGGAUGUCUUUCUCGGAAAGGAGGUAGGAUACUCUAUACGUUUUGAAGACAGGACAACACCUGAGAAAACUGUUCUAAAGUACAUGACUGAUGGUAUGCUACUAAGAGAAUUUCUGGUGGAUCCAGAACUUUCCAAAUAUGCUUGUAUUAUGAUUGAUGAAGCACAUGAGAGAACUUUGGCUACUGACAUCUUGUUGGGGCUACUGAAGGAUAUAUUACCUCAUCGAAAAGAUUUAAAACUGCUGAUUUCUUCGGCAACAAUUAAUGCUGUCAAGUUUUCUAAGUUCUUUUAUGAUGCACCUAUAUUCAAUGUACCAGGGAGACGAUACCCUGUGGAUAUUCAUUACACGCUACAGCCCGAAGCCAAUUAUUUGAAUGCAGCAGUAACAACAGUAUUCCAAAUACACACAACGCAAGAAUUACCUGGUGAUAUACUCGUGUUUUUAACUGGUCAAGAGGAAAUCGAAACUGCUCAAGCAAAUAUAGAAGAGAUAGCAAAUAUCUUGGGAUCUCGAGUUAAACCUAUGAUAAUUGCUCCAAUAUAUGCCAAUCUUCCCCAAGAACAGCAAUCAAAAAUUUUUCAACCAACGCCACAGGGAUGCCGGAAAGUCGUCCUUGCAACAAACAUAGCCGAAACUUCUCUUACAAUCGACGGAAUCAAAUUCGUUAUAGACCCUGGUUUUGUGAAAGAAAAUUCUUACGUUCCCUCAACUGGCAUGUCCCAGCUACUAACAGUUCCAUGUUCAAGGGCGUCUGUGGAUCAGCGUGCUGGACGUGCUGGACGUGUCGGACCAGGUAAGUGUUUCCGAUUGUUCACCAAAUGGUCGUAUUUCCAUGAAUUGGAGCCGCUACCGAAACCAGAAAUACUAAGAAUAAAUUUAUCGCAAGUCGUUCUAUUGCUUCUCUCUCUUGGAAUAACAGAUUUGAUUAAUUUUCCAUUGUUAGAUAAGCCAAGCAUCCCAAGUCUAAUGAAAGCGUUAGAGAAUCUAUACGUACUUGGGGCAUUAAAUAGUAAAGGCACAAUUACAAGGCUCGGCAGAAUGAUGUGCGAGUUCCCAUGCGAACCUGAAUUGGGAAAAGUUAUGCACACUGCUGCAACGCAUGAAAAGUGUAAGGGUGUCCUAGAAGAUGUUGUAACUAUAGUUGCAAUGCUUCAUGAAACUGCAUCACUCUUUGCGCAUAAUCAAAACGACAACGCGAGAAAGAGUGGUAUAGUGGGCUCAGUUCAAAGCGACCACAUGCUCUACCUCGAGACCUACAAUAAUUGGAGAGAUAUGGAUUACUCGAAAUCGUGGUGUUUUGACCACAAAGUUCAAUACAAGACUAUGAUAAGAGUUCGCAAUAUUAGAGAUCAGCUGUGGGGAUGCUGUGAAAAACUUGGCUUGGUUGCGAUGAACGAAGUUGCUCUCAAGAAGAUUACUGGCGAAGCUAAUCUGGAGCCUCGAAUUGUUCGAAGUUUUAUCAGUGGAUUUCCUAUGAAUAUCGCUCAACUGGGCACUAGUGGUUACAGAACAAUUGGUGAACAGAGCGGUGGUGUCAGCGUUAGCAUACACCCGAGCAGCGUUGUAUUCCAGGAAAUGAGGAAAGAAAUGAAGAAACCCACCAAGUUCAUUCUCUACCAGCGUCUUGUGCUGACUUCAAAGGAAUUUAUGAGAGAUUGCAUGCCUAUUGCAAGAGAAGAAUGGUUGCAAGAAAUGGUCCCACAUAUAUUCAAAUCGAAUAAGAAAUAA